CUAUCUUCGACAUCUCCCGUUGCAGACGUGGCGGAGAUUCGAGAGCCCUUUAUCGACUGAUAAACAAACCGAGAUAGCGGGUACGAGGUAGUCAAUCAGUCGUUCUAUCUCGCAGUCAUUCGGUAGAAACAUCGAGUAGCUGGGCUUCCAAGAUGGCGAAGACGGUCGUGCUGGCGUACAGCGGAGGGCUGGACACCUCGUGCAUCCUGGCCUGGCUCAUUGAAGAGGCAUACGACGUGGUCGCUUUCAUGGCGGACUUGGGCCAAGAAGAGGACUUCCAGGCAGCCGAGAAGAAAGCUUUGGGAAUAGGGGCGAAAAAGGUGAUCGUGAAGGACGUGCGCGCCGAGUUCGUGUCGGACUUCGUGUUCCCGGCCGUCCAGUCCGGGGCCGUGUACGAGGACCGCUACCUGCUGGGCACCGCCUUGGCUAGGCCGUGCAUUGCGCGAGCCCUGGUGGCCGUGGCCACGGCAGAAGGCGCCAAGUUCGUGUCCCACGGGGCCACGGGCAAGGGCAACGACCAGAUACGCUUCGAGCUGGCCUGUGCCGCGCUCAAGCCGGACGUCCUGGUGAUAGCUCCGUGGCGGAUGCCUGAGUUCUACAACAGGUUCAAGGGCCGCCAGGACCUCUUUGAAUACGCCAAGAAACACCACAUCGAUCUCCCAGUGACGCCAAGCGCUCCCUGGAGCAUGGACGCCAACAUCAUGCACGUGAGCUACGAGUCUGGCAUACUGGAGGAUCCGUACCUCUCUGCUCCGGAAAGUCUCUAUUCGAUGACUACAGACCCCAAGGAAGCUCCGAAUGAUCCCGACACACUGGAAAUCGAGUUCAAGAACGGCAAGCCGACCCAGGUUACUAACACUCGAACGCAGACCAUCAAGGUGGAACCCCUGGAACUUUUCACCUACCUUAAUGAGAUAGGGGGGCGCCACGGUAUCGGUCGUAUCGACAUCGUCGAAAACAGAGUGAUCGGCAUGAAGUCACGAGGCGUCUACGAAACCCCGGCUGGAACCAUCUUACACGCGGCCCAUCUUGAUCUUGAGGUUUUUACAAUGGACAAGGAAGUCCGGAGGAUAAAACGCGACCUGUCUUCGAAGUUUGCCGAGCAGGUGUACGGCGGCCUGUGGUACAGCCCGGAAGCGGGUUUCACGCGGUCGUGCCUGUCGCUGUCUCAGGCCUGCGUCACCGGGACCGUCCGACUGGACCUCUUCAAGGGCCAGGUUUACAUCCGAGGCCGCUGGGCUCCCAACUCCCUGUACAACCGGGAGCUGGUCAGCAUGGACGUGCAAGGAGAGUACACGCCUUCCGACGCCGAUGGCUUCAUCAAGAUCCAGGCUCUCAGGCUCAAGGAAUGGCAUCGUGUGAACAAGACAGCCGAGCAACCUUGAAAAAAAAAAAGAAUUAUGAUUGCAAUGACACCUUGGGUGCCCCUGAGUCUAGGUGCAUCCUAAAUUAGUAAAUAAAAAAAAAACAGGUAGA